UUCAGUAAGAAGACCAGCGGACGUGAUGCAAAUACAUGGGCGGGGUUUCGGUUCCCACCGGAAGUCAGCCGAGCGAAAUCAGUCUGAUUAGCUUCAAGAGCAAUGGAAUAGCUACAGUAAUUCAUUUACUCGGUUGCAAUUGUUAGUUAUGGCUCAGACUGAGAAAAAAUCAGGACUUCUGAGGAGAACAUCCUCUUCUAAGAAGCCUCUAAAGGAGAAAGUGGUGCUGAUGUAUGAUGAGAUAUUUGCGAAGGAAGACCCUACUAAGAACAAUCCUCGUUUCUGGGAUGAGCUCUUUUUGAUGAAGGUCAAUCUCGAGUAUCUGGAAGGGAAGUUGGAGUCUCUGGAUGGGGAUGAAGUCAUGAAAGUCAAAGACAACAUCAACAGUUUAUUCCAUCACUGUGUUCAAGCCCUGGGCGAAGAGCACCAGAUCAAAGUAGUCAAUGCACUUCAGACUCUUUGUGCCCUGUUUAGAGGAGUUCACCAAAAGAACAAAUCAGCCACGGGCUUUGAUAUCAUCAACAUGCUGAUGGGCUUUGACAAAGCUGAGCUUAGAAUGAAGGAGCUAAUGGAGAGCCUGGACAGUCUGCUGUGUGGUGAUGGAUCAGAGAGUCUGAAGAGUUUAUGUCUAAAACUGCUGCUGUGUCUGGUCACUGUCACAGAUAAUAUUAGUCAGAACACCAUUCUGGAGUAUGUGAUGAUCAACAGUAUAUUUGAGGCCAUUCUACAGAUUCUAUCUGAUGUUUCCAGUCGAGCACAGCAUGGAUAUGAUGCAGUGGUCCUUUUAGCUCUACUGGUCAACUACAGGAAGUAUGAGUCUGUGAAUCCUUACAUUGUCAAACUGUCAAUAGUGGAUGAUGAGCCGACCCUGGAUGGCAUGGGAAUGGUCAUCCACCACGCACUUACAGAUUACAAUAGGCAGUAUAAAGACAAAGAAGAAGAAAACCAGGGAGGGUUUUUCUCUACUCUUACCAGCAUGGUGGGCAAUAUGUUUAUCGCUGAUGCAGAUGAGAAGCUUUCAGUGCAGACUAAUGAAGCCAUCCUGCUCGCUCUGUAUGAGGCUGUACAUCUCAACAGAAACUUCAUCACUGUUCUUGCGCAGAGUCAUCCAGAGAUUGACAUGGCAACAACACCCGCUACACCUGUCCCAGCCUCUCCCUUAACCCCGCUGGGAACGACACCGCCCUCUUUGGACAUGAUGAAUAAUCCUGAGCUUCCUCUGGACCCGAACUUGCAGACAAGUAAUCUUCUUAUAACGUUCCUGAAAUAUUCCUCCAUCAUAGUGCAGGACACCAAAGAUGAACACAGACUCAACAGUGCCCGACUGUGCCUCAUCAUUCUGACCUGUAUAGCUGAGGACCAGUAUGCUGAUGCCUUUCUCCAUGAUGAUAACAUGAACUUCAGGGUCAACUUGCACAAAAUGCCCAUGAGGCAUCGGAAGAAAGCCGCAGAUAAGAACAUCCCCUCCCGACCUUUAGUGUGUGCAGUUCUGGAUCUGAUGGUCGAGUUCGUUGUUACUCAUAUGAUGAAGGAAUUUCCCAUGGAUCUCUAUGUGCGCUGCAUUCAAAUAAUUCACAAACUGAUCUGCUACCAGAAAAAGUGCAGAAUUAGACUGCACUACACAUGGAGAGACCUCUGGUCAGCUCUCAUUAACCUUCUAAAGUUCCUGCUGUCUAAUGAGACCGGCCUUCUGGCAAAGCACAAUAUCUUCCAGCUGGCACUUCAGGUGGUGAACCUCUUUAAUAUGUUCAUCACAUAUGGAGACACGUUUCUGCCCACCCCCAGCAGUUACGAUGAGCUGUAUUAUGAGAUUAUACGCAUGCAUCAGGUGUUCGAUAACCUCUACUGCAUGGUGCUGAGAGUCUCCACCAAUGCAGGCCAGUGGAAGGAGCCUGCUAGUAAAGUUACUCAUGCUCUCGUCAACGUCAGAGCAAUUAUUAACCAUUUCAAUCCUAAGAUUGAGUCAUACGCUGCUGUGAACCACAUCUCGCAGCUCUCAGAAGAUCAGGUGCUGGAGGUGGUACGGUCAAACUACGAUACACUAACCUUGAAGCUGCAGGACGGUCUGGAUCAGUUUGAGCGUUAUUCAGAGCAGCCCAAAGAAGCUGGCUAUUUCAAGGAGCUGGUGCGCUCCAUCAGUCUGAACGUGAGGAAGAACGUGUCUCUAAGCACCAUGAGUCAGGAUGUUCUGCUUAAGGAAUUCUCCUCUAUAUCCUGAAACAAUGGGACCUUUGACAUGUGUUUAGGACCUUCAUACUGACACUUCCUUCGCCUCAUGCAUCUGAGGCUUCCCAAUGUUACACCAGACUUUCCAGAGGACAGAACUGAAUUUGAUCCCCAGGCUGUAUUAUUGAUGCAGUGUGUGUUUGGUCACACUCAGAACAGACUCAACAAAGCAAUCAGUCCGUCUUUGCACAAUGUGAAUUUUGAUUCUGAUUACCUGGUAUUUUCUUUUCUUCUUUUUUUCUCAUUAUAUUGGUGGUCUGGUGCUGUUUCAGUUGAUUAUACUGUGUAUUCUUCAUUGCCUUAGUAUCAAACCGAUCAAACCAUUGUGCUCACACAGACUUACCACUUAUUUUAGUCAUUUUCUCUACACCUCUUUUGUGUCCAGUCGAGUGAAUGCAAACAAAAUAACCUUGCAUUGACCUGACAAAGAAAUAUCUGGGUCGUAAUUUAUAUAUUCAAAAGAAAGAAAAUUUGCAUUAAUAAAAGGCCAUUGAUAUUUUUAAGAUUUGCAUUCUGACAUAUUUUCAUGACAAAUUUUCUCCAAAUUCUCAGUACCAUAAUGCAAAAAAGAGUUCACAUUACCAUAACGUGCCAGAAUCUCAUUCUCAUUACUGUAAUACAAUAAUAUAGAAAAUAAUAAUAAAAUAAAAUAAUUAAAACCAUCAUAAAUACAGUAUAACAUAUACUACCAUAAUGCAAUCUUAAAAGUUUAAAUAUUAGAUUUUUUAUAUUAUGGUAAUGAGAAUUUGGGUAUGAAUGCAUUCAUUUUUGUCUGACAAAUUUUCUUCGCUCUCAGUAUUUCCCAGUAUUGCAAGAAGUUUCAGUGCGGUAUCAUGAAAAGAUAUGAAGUUGCAGUUUAAAAAACGCUGUAUAUUGAGUUGUGUAACACUGAGCAAAGAAAGAAAUGUAUUAAUUUUACACACCACUGAAAGCUAGUUUGUAUGAAACCAGUUCUACAGAACCCGCUGUCAGUGUUCAGUUCUACUAAUUAUUCAGAAUUUAAAUCGACACAUGGAUAACUGAAUAAAACGGACACAUUUCAAAGAAAUUCUUUGUAAAUUCUUCUUGGGCUUGGUUCUAAAUGAGUAUUUCCUUUGCCUUAGUAUUAUUUAUGGGUGUUUGUUUCCUAAUUAAAUCUUAUUUUGUACAACACACACAA